CUUUGAACCACAAUGGCACAACUCAGCGUAGCUUCGCCUCAAAAAUUCUACGGGCCACACCAGAUUGUGUAUUUCAUCGACAUUGCCAUCAUUCUCUGCUCCAUUCUCGCUAGCCCGAAUCUGGGACCUCACCUUUCACUCGACGUGAUUAUUCCUUCAGAGCGAACACACUUUCUCGUGAUGCCAAUUGGUUCCCAUAAUAUGUACGUCAAGACAGACAUGUUUCCCGUUAUCUGACCCAUCGUUUUCCACGCAAGGGUUUACUCAAUGGUCCGAAUCAGCACUAGACGCCUUCGAGCGUGCUUACCUCUUCUGGCGAACACCAACUUCAACAGAACGACUUGGCGAACAAAUCACGGGCACGCUUGCGCGAGCUCAUUGGCAUCCGCAUACGCACACACCCUUUCCCGGUCUGUUUCCAUUACUCUGAUAUCUGUACACUCUUCAUUCCCUGGUGACGGUGCCGACGACGGUGUGGACCCACACAGUCAAACAAGGCCACAACAGUCUGCACAUGGUCGAGGAGCUUCCUACUUGGUCAAGCCGAGCGCCGGCCGCAUCACUGGCAAUUCUCCCAUGUUGUCGUGCGGCUCUUCUAGACCGCAGCAGGUUCCUCGGGAGCGUGUGAUGGCGCGUCUGCCGCGAAUUUCACCCUUCUUUCAGGGGAGCGACGUGCUAAAUGCCCCCUUCUGCCGCGACUUUGCUAUUUUCGGUGCUUGCCCAGCAUGCGCGACUCUACCAUGCCCCGUCCGAGGAGGCGGCACCCGAUUAGCGGGUGCCCUCAAGGCCCUCUUCUUCCUUGGCACUGCAGCGCACAGACCAAGCGCUGUUUCUGCGCCCUCGCGUCGUCGCUCAUUCGACAUGGAUCCUCAAGUGUUUCAGCUAGUAGAAUGGCGGCUGCAAGACAGGCCAGUAUGGAGAUCAGGCCAAUCGGGUGCUUCUGGUGCCUAGCCAUCGGUCGCAUGGAACUUGUGCAGAUGAUGCUCCUCGAUAUGGGUCAGCUUGUCUUCUUGCGGUUGCCACAUCGCGGCCGGACGGGGUGGCGGAGUGAGUGGACUUAUCGCCCCUCAUAGCUCUGCAAUUGAAUGCAGACGUUCGCCGCGCGAUACCAAGUGAAGCGCGGACGUCGCCCAUAUCACUCUUCUGGGCGUCCUGGAGGCCGGAG